GUUCCACAUUGUCUCCUCCGCCAAUCUCACACAAUUCUAUCUGCCUCCUUCUUGCCCCUCCUUCCCUCAGUUAGACUUGGUAACAGAAACUCCCAGGAAACAAACAUAAUUUCUCUUCUAACCCUGCAACAAGCUGGAAUCUUUCUCUACGAGAUCAACUUGCCAAAGGAACCGAAGGGAAUACACCAGAUCUGAGAUGGAAACCUUCUCUCUGCUGCUAUUCAGCCUGGGGUUGGUGCUUGCAGGAGUUUCAGAAAGCAAAAUGGAGAUAAUUAAAGAAGAAUUUACAGAGGAAGACAUGCAACAUGACAUGGCAAAAAGUGGCCAAGAAAAACAGAUCUGUGAGGUAUUAAUGAACUUGACCCCAUUAGAUAAAAAUACCAGCCUCAGCACAUCCAAGGAUAUUGUGUCUUUCUCACCAUUGACAUUCAGAAGGUUACAUUAUAGCAUCUCCAAGGGAAACAGUUCAGGUGGUGGUAAAGAAUGUUGCAAUGACAUGGCCGUUUGGAGAAAAGUUUCAGAAGCUAAUGGGUCAUGCAAGUUGAGCAGUAACUUCAUCCACGGCUCCUUGGAAGCAAUCCAUGGAAUCCACAAGGCCCCAAGCUGCAAGUUUGGACAGAGUCCUGGCAUAAGCUGCUGUGAGAGUCCAGAACUGGAGAAUACUAUGUGCCGCCUCACUACAGGCAAACAAUUCCCCAGAUGCCAAUACCACGGCGUUACUUCAUUAAAGAAAAUGUUGACAGUGCUGACAGGUCAUUCUCUGAUGAGCUGGUUAGUUAGUGGCACUAAGUUGUAAAUCCCACAGAGCUUUUGAGACUAGGGUCUAACUAAAGAAGAACAUAUUCAUGCUCAUUUUUGUUUCUUUCCUUCCAUUAUUCAGAUCUACCCUUUAGCACUAUAGUAAAUUCUUGAUUAUUUCUACUAACUGAAAGACUGAAAAAUCCAAAAUUGUGAAUAAUUCAAUUAAAAUUUAUAACUGAUCCUGGAGUACAGAUUCUCUCUCUCUCUCCUCUCUCUCUCUCUCUCUCUCUCUCUCUCACACACACACACACACACACACACACACUUUUCUUCUGAGCCAAAUUGAAUUCCACCCUAGCUGUACUAUAAGGCUGAGUCUAUUCAAUGGGGCAAAAUUAAGGAGAGAAGGCUCCAAACUAGUAUGAAUAAUUAAGAGUUAAUUUGUACUGCCAAUGAGACUAUUCAGAAAAAUAGUAAAUGAGUGAGAGAAAUAUUAUUAUCACUGCUUCUCUUCAAACAAGUAGGUGCAUUGAUGCGUGCACACACGCAUGAGCACUCACCCACACAAGUAUGGGUCUGCCUGUCCUUUAGCAGUUGCCAGAGGAAAAAGAUCUUUUAGUUUAGCAAGUGUUCUCAGUAUCCACAGCUCCAGCCUUAUGCAGUCUCCAUUCCUCCACCUUCAUCCCAUCUUACAGGUUGAUGUCAAGAUAAGAAAUACAGCUCUUACUGUAACUUUUUUCUCAAGCAAAGUCUUGAUACCCUGGGGCCAUGGGAGAGGAAUGGCAAGCCAUGGAGAAAUAGAAGAGGCAGAAAGAUAGGAAUAAGAAGUCUGUGCCUGCAGGCUGGCUUUGAAAAAAAAAAAAUGAAAAAAAGAUUAAAAAAUUUUAAAAAAAGAAGUCUAUGCCAAGUAUCAGGCAGGAUUGGUCUUCAGCAUGAAUGUUUUUCUGAUAUUUUAGUGAACUUAAUUAUCAAUCAUUAUCAAUUAUUUAUUUGUAAGUCUUCAUGGUUCAGCACUCUGCAUAAAGUAUGGGCAGUUAUCUUGUUUAUUGAUUUGUGCGUACAUGCUCUGUUCCCUCCUAUUCAUCCUCCUUCCCUCCUGAAGCCACUCUUUCUUAAUGUUCUAAUUUUAAAUAAAUGCAUGUAAAUGAAUGUUA